AUGGCUCCCGUGGAAAGAGACGAGGAGGUGGAGGCGGAGGAGGAGGAGGAGGAGGAGGAGGAGGAGGAGGAGGAGGAGGAGGAGGAGGAGGAGGAGGAGGAGGAGGAGGAGGAGGAGGAGGAGGAGGAGGAGGACGGGGAGUUUGAAACGGGUGCUAGUGGUGGUGGCAGUGGCUCAGGUGAGGGAUUGGCAGAUGGAGGAUUAGCAGCCCUGAUUGGUUGA